AUGGGCGCGGAGGUCAUCAAGGUCGAAGCACCGAGGGACGGCGAUGACGCGCGGCAGUACGCAGUGCCGUUCCUACAGCAGGGCCAGGGCGAGGAUUCAGAUCUGUCAGCUUACUUCUCGAGCUGCAACAGGAACAAGUAUAGCAUCGCUGUGGACUUCAAGACAAGAGAAGGCCAAUGUGUCAUCCGGCGCUUGCUGCAGAACAGCGAUGUUCUGAUCGAGAACUUCAAAGUGGGUGGUCUAGCGAAGUACGGCCUAGGAUUUGAGCAGCUGAGAGAUGAUUUUCCGGAGCUCAUCUAUUGCAGCAUCACUGGCUUUGGCCAAACUGGACCUUACUGCAAGAGACUCCUGUCCGAAAGCUUGAGCACAGGACCAGCCUACGACCUGCUAAUACAAGGCAUGGGCGGAUCCAUGAGCCUGACGGGAGAACCGGAUGGAGCACCAAUGAGAACUGGACUGCCGCUUUUCGACCUCACAGCCGGCUUGCAUGGCGUAAUUGGCAUCCUCGCCGCUUUGCACAACAAACACGCCACUGGCUUGGGCCAGCACGUGGACAUUUCAAUGCUGGAUGUUGCAGUUGCCCUUCUGGCAAAUCAAGGCAUGAAUUACUUGGCUACCCGGAAGCGGCAGGAAAGGGUGGGCAACCAUCACCCGAAUGUGGUGCCCUACCAGGUUAUGCCGGCUCAGGAUGGCUAUUUCAUCCUUACAGCCUCCAAUGAUGACCAAUUCCAGCGCUUUUGCAAGGUGGCUGGACGACUGGACUUGAUGCAAAACGAGACCUUCAAAACUAUGGAGGCUCGCGUCGUGCAUCGCGAAGCUGUCACAGAAGUGCUGAAUUCGAUCACCGAGCAGCGCACGAAGAGCUGGUGGCUAGAGCAGCUUGAGAAGGAGUCCGUCGGCUGCGCGGCUAUUUACCACCUGGAUGAGGUUUUUGCGGAUCCACACGUCCAGUCGAGAGGGAUGGAGAUCCAGAUGACUCCGACUGGGUCCAGCGAGCCUGUGUCGCUCAUUGCUUCACCGAUGAAGUUUUCCCGGACCCAGGUGGAUUACAGGCUUCCGCCUCCUCAUGUUGGGGAGCACACGGAGCAGGUGCUUCUAAACGCCGGCAUGGCGCCGGCCACCAUUGAUGAGUUGCAUGAGCUGGGCGCCAUUGACAUUGGCGCCAACAAGAUUCCCAGGGCUUCUCCGUCGGAGAGGCUGCCGCACCUUGAGGCCUAUGUCCCGUGCGGCUACAGCCACCUUUCAGCUUCUUUGCCAUUCUUUCAGACCCUGCCGGCGUCGAUUCUGACUCUUUUCCACGUUCCACCAUGA